GCUCUUUUUAAAUGUAGUUUUAAAUUAAAAAUACAGGAUUUAAAAUGAAAAUGUUAUCGUCGAAGGUUUUGAAUAAGUUAUUAUUAUUAGAAUCCUUUAAUACAUUAACUAAAAGAACAUAUGUAGAAUUUAAACAUCCAAUUCAAAGAACUAUAAAUGCUAUCAAUAAUGAUAUUAACAGUAAAUUAUUAAAAAAGGAGGCAAAACCAUUUAAUCCAGAACAUGCAGAUGUAGUCAUAAUUGGAGGUGGUUAUUUAGGAAGUUCAGGGGCUUACUGGCUGAAGUCGAGAGCUGGUGAAGGUUUGAAUGUUGUGGUUUUGGAAAAAAACUUUAAACAAAACACUUUGAAGAGUUGGCCUACUACGGUACUAAGCCAACAUUACUCUUUACCAGAGAAUAUUCUACUUUCUCAGUAUAGUACAGAUUUCUUAAGAAACAUUAAGCAAAAGACAAACAAAGAUGUAAAUAUUAAGUUUUACCCUCAUGGAUGUCUAGUUUUAGCAAGUGAUAAAUAUGCUGAUAUCUUGGAAAAAAAUGUGACUACCCUUAAGGAAUUUGGCAUAAGAAAUGAGCUCCUAUCAGUUGAUCAAUUAAGUAAAAAAUACCCUUGGAUCAACACAUCUGAUGUUAAAUUAGGUUGUAUAAGUACAGAAAAUGAAGGUGUAUUUGAUUCCUUUGCUUUACAUCAGGCUUUAGUUAAAAAAUCACAGGAAUUGGGAGCUAAUUAUAUUCAUGGGGAAGUAGUUGGAUUUGAUUUAGAAUCCCAAAGGGAUGUUUUAAUGGAGGGUGUGAAGCCAAUGUCAUAUCAGAAAAUUGAAAGAGUAAUUUAUAAAACAGAAGAUGGCGAAGAGCAUUCCAUUAAGUUUGCAGUUUGUGUGUUAGCAGCGGGAACAGAUUCAUCAAAUAUAGCAAGAUUAGCAAAUAUAGGCAGUGGCAGUGGCCUUUUAUCGUUGUCUUUGCCUGUAGGUAAAAGGGAAUCAAAUAUAUAUUCCGUUGAAUGCAGUACUGGACAAUCAAACAUUGCAUUAAAUUCACCAAUUGUAAUGGACACCUCAGGGUUAUGGAUUAGAAAAAAUGGUUUGCACAACAACAUUCUAUGCAGUCAAAUACCACUGAAAUCAGAUAACGUUAUGACUCCAGAGGAAAAUUUUGAAAGACUUUUAAAGCCUUCAUUAGAUAAUCGAUUUCCAAAUUUAACAAAUGCAAAGAUACAGCAUUGGCAUGGAGCAGUCUAUGAUUGUAACAAUUUUGAUGAUUCUGGAAUUUUAGGUGCACAUCCCUAUCAUACAAAUCUAAUUUUUGCAACAGGAUUUGGACAAUUAGGUGUUCAGCAUGCACCUGGUAUAGGAAAAGCCAUAUCUGAUUUAGUCAUUGACUGUCAUUACACAGAUACAGAUUUAACAAGAUUUGGAUUUGAUAGACUAUUAAUAAAUGAACCUCUAAUAGAUUUUAAUGUUUAUUAAAUUAAUAUAUAAUCAAAUUUUGUUUUCAUAUUG